UUUUUGCAAGGCCACUGGCCUUUACACUCGCCUGGCACUCCGGGACCCUCCAGGCGGAGCCCUGUCCAGGAACGGUGCCUGCUUGGGAGACCUGGGCCAGCCCCCGGAGCAUCAUCUCGGCUCCUCCUCAAUUCCUCGCAGCGUUCUCCCCCCCCGCCCCACUUCUUGCCGAGUUUUUAACAAGGUUUCCACUUCCUGACAUGUCCACCCUGAGGCCUCUCCUUUCUUUUCCUGCCGCUCCGCAGUUUCCCAUUGCUUCCAGAGAAGCCAUUGUCUCCAGUGUUCUCGGCUUUGAGGCACUUAAUCCUCUUGUUCGUGAUGAUUUUUCCAAUUGGGCAGAGUUGACUGCAGGCGGGUGUCAAAAGAAAGCGCCCAGAAAUGCUGUAUUUGUCAUAACUGUGGAGGGUAGAUUAGCUCUUGUGUUAUUAUCCUUCAGUGGGGCUAUUGGACUGACUUUUCUUAUGCUGGGAUGUGCCUUAGAGGAUUAUGGUGUCUACUGGCCCUUGUUCGUCUUGAUGUUUCAUGCCGUCUCUCCCAUUCCCCACUUCAUUGCCAAAAGAGUCACAUAUGACUCUGAUGCCACGAGCAGUGCCUGUCGGGAACUGGCAUAUUUUUUUACCACUGGAAUUGUUGUUUCUGCCUUUGGAUUUCCUGUUAUUCUUGCUCGUGUGGCUGUGAUCAAAUGGGGAGCCUGUGGCCUUGUGCUGGCAGGCAAUGCAGUCAUUUUCCUUACAAUUCAAGGUUUUUUCCUUGUAUUUGGAAGAGGAGAUGAUUUUAGCUGGGAGCAGUGGUAGCACUUUAUUCUGAUAAAAUGCAUUUAAUUUCUUUAAAAUUCAUACUAUAUGUGUGUGCACAUGUGGCCUUUGACUAUGAAUUUCAAUAUGCUGGGUUAUUUUUUUUUGUUUUUUGUUUUUAUAGCUUUAUAUCAUGUUCACAUUAAGGAGGACUACGUGAGAAAGAGAUUAAUUAUAUUCCCAGCAAAUAGACCACUCCAUUUACUCAAUUUGAAUUAUGUUGUUUGGCUGUUUCUAUAAUCAUGGUGCUCUCCGAAAACAUAUUAACAUAGUCUUGUAGACAGCUGCUCACAUAUGCAAUGCACACCUUCUGCCUGGGGAUGUGCUUGGGUAGGACCAGGUCUCAGUUCUGCCCAGGACUUCCAAGCCACACUGGUGGCCCAGAGAGGCAGCGGUGGUUCCCUCUUUGUGUGGUAGACCCUUGCUUCUCAAAGUGUGGUCCACAGAUGGCAUCAACAUCUCCUAGGAGCCUAUUACAAAUGCAGGACCUGAGACCCCAGCCCAGACCCAGUACAUUGUGAUGAAAUCGCAUGAGAAGUGCUGUCAUAGAGGAAUAAGCAGCACAUCGUUUCCUUUUCUUCCCCUUGGCUGAAUCACUUAACCUCUCUGGGUGUUAGCUGCUCAUUUGUAAAAAUUGUUUCAUCUCCCCUCAUGUUGAGGCCUAGUUCACACUCUUUGUUAUUUGUGAAAUAUCCCACCUGUAAGAUACAGGCUGUUGCUCAUAUUUCUGAAGUGUUGGCAGUAGGUAACAGCUCUGCCUUCCCACUGUUUGAAAGGCGAUGGCUUUCUUCACAGUGCUGGGGGAACAGAAUAACCCCGGAGCCCCACUGGGGUGCGAGGAGCGGGGAGGCUAGGCUGGAACCAGUUCCUGAGACCACAGGAUCUGCUUUAGCAGGAUGGAGAAGAAUAGCUAGGUAAUUCUGCUUCAUUUCCCUUUAUAAUCUGACACUUCUGUCCCGCUCCUUCUCUUUCCACUACCCCCCAACACACACACACACACACACACACACACACACACACACACACACACACACUCCCAGCAGUUCUGAUUUGCUCUUACUCUUUCAUGACACCGUUAUCUUCUUUCUAUAGACAUGGAAACAAGUAAGCAAGCAGAAGGGGAGCUGCUUAAUUUUACUUAUACGUUGAUAUGCUUGUCUUUCAUGUCCUGCAGGACUUUAUAUAUAUAUAAAACACUUUAUGCUACUUGUAAAUGAAUCAUUAGGAUACAUGUCAUGAUGGACCUUGUAAUCACAGUUUUUCUAGUUCAACUUUAUGUCCAAGACCUGUUGAUAAAGAGAGAUACGGGAAAUAGAACCACUUGAUCAGAAUAUAAGCAGUGAUUUUAAAGCAUUGUUAAUAUGUGAUAAGUGACAUACAUUCAAAACACUGAACCCUUGAAGUUUGUAAUCUGAGUAAUUAGCAUACUCCUUCAUAUUCUGGAAUGAUGCUGGGACCAGGAGAAGAUAAAAGUGAUACCUGAAAGGACAAUAAGCCAAGUUAUAUUUUGACGUUGUGCGUGAUUUUUUGUUUUCAAUGUUAUAUGUACAUAUAGAAUUAUUAAAGUUGUUCCAAUAUUUAUGUUAGACAAAUUAUAUAGACACUUUAUGAUUUUAACCAGCAUUUUUAAUAACACUUGCACUUAUUGUAUUGUAAUAAAUUUUACUUUUAACACAAAA